GCAUGAAUUUAAGAAGAAGAAAAACUACUAAAAUGACCCAAAAUUCCCAUAUUGAAUAAAAUUCUGAAAAUAUCAAAAGAUCCCAAGAUUUUGGUUCACCUUAUACCCUCUCAUCCUCUCAGUGCAGAAUAAUUUUUGAAAACCCCAAAAUCUUCUCUUAUCUUCCCUCUCAAAGUUGCUCUACAAUGCUAAAUCCCUAAAAAGUCUCCAGCUUCAGUAUCAAAACCAGGUAUAUUAUUAAUCUUUAGUGUUGGGUUCAGGUUCUUUCCAAGUUUCAUGGAACAGUUCAUGUGCAUAUUGUAGAAAAAUGGCAUCUUUACCUCUUGUUUCAAAUGGCAGAUUAUUAGUUACUCACAAGAAAUGGAAACCCCAUAUUGGAAAUUCUGAAUCUUUAAGAAGUUUCAAGAAUCAAUCUUGCUCAUUACCCAAUUCUUGUUUUACCUCAAGAUUCUGUAUUUCUCAGUCUAGGUACAAGAAACGGAUGCUUCAUUUUGGGAAUUCUGACCCUUUUAGGAGAUUAAAGAAUCAAUCUUGCUCAUUAUCCAAUUCUUGUUUUACCUCAAGUUCUGUUCCUUUACUGGGGUUGAAUUAUAGGUUUUGUAAAUCUCAAAGUAGAUUACUGCAUUGUAGUACUGGGGUUAGGUCAAUGGUAAAUGAGAAGGGAGAUAUAGAAACCCAUUUGAACAAAACAGGAAGUAAUAAUAGUCGUAGGAAGUUUUCGUUGAGAUUGAGACCAAGGAUAAGAUUACUGUCAAGAAGGUUGAAAAGGGUAUCUGUUAUAUCUAUGUUAAAUGAUUUUGGGAAGUUUCUGAGGAAGAACACAAGAAGAGUGGCACUGUCAACUUCAAUUUCUGUGAUAUUGGGCUUGUGUUAUUUGUUUCUAAGAUUGACAGCAACUCCUUCUCCAAAGGUUGUUCCAUAUUCAGACUUGAUUACCAGCCUUCAGGGAGGAUCUGUAUCAAAGGUUCAAUUUGAGGAAGGCACGCGGCGUAUUUACUACAAUACGAACUUGUGGAGUCUUAAAAAUGCUCAGACAGGCGAUAAUUCCUUAGUUCCUGAUGAAAGCACAAUCAUCACUGAGGAAAGCAAAGAUAUAGAUAGCAACAAAGGUGGCAGGAAUGUCUUCAGUAAAAUAUCAAAAGCCCAAGGUUCUACCCCUGUAUGGCAGUUUAGUACAAGGAAGAUUGAUCAUGAUGAAGGAUAUCUUCUUAGUCUAAUGAGGGAAAAGGGAACAGCGUAUGGCUCAGCCCCACAAUCAGCACUUAUGUCAAUUAGGAGCUUAUUAAUUACUAUGUUAUCUUUAUGGAUUCCUUUGACUCCUAUAAUGUGGCUUCUCUAUCGUCAGCUUUCUGCUGCCAAUAGCCCUGCAAGAAAAAGAAAGCCAAGUAACCAGGUGGUUGGCUUUAAUGAUGUGGAGGGUGUGGAUGCUGCAAAAGUGGAACUUAUGGAGGUAAGCAAUCAUUAUUAUGAACUGCUUAAGUAUGCCUUGAAUCUGUUAAAAAGGCUCAAGCUUGACAAGUGCAAAGUUGUUGCAACUCCACUUGUUGUGAAUGAAAAAUUAAUGAAGGAUGAUGGCGAAGAGAAGAGUCCCAGCACUAAGCAUUUUGGAGCCGCUAAAAGGGUGUUAAGGUACAUUAGAGGGACGAUUAAUUAUGGAAUCUGGUAUAGAAAUGUGGAGAAUGGAGCUCUUAUUGGCUAUUCCGCCAAAAGGGCGUUGAGAAUGGAGCUCUUAUUGGCUAUUCAGAUAGUGAUUGGGGUAGAUGUUUGGAUGAUUACAAAAGCACUUAUCGUUACUGUUUUUCAUUUGGUUCAGGCAUUUUUUUCUUGGAGCACAAAGAAGCAAGAUAUUGUAGCACAAUCUUCAGUAGAAGCCGAGUAUGUGGCUGCUGCAUCUGCUACAAAUCAAGCAAUUUGGUUAAGAAAGAUCUUGUUGGAAUUGAAUUUGUUGCCAAAAGAACCAACAAUGAUUUAUGUGGACUAUAAAUCAGCCAUUGCGAUGGCUGAAAAUCCGGGGCAGCAUGGAAGAACAAAGCAUAUCAACAUAAGGUUUCAUGCUUUAAGAGAUGCCGAGAAGAAUGGUGAAGUUAAGUUGGUGCAUUGCAUCAGUGAAGAUCAGCAGGCCGAUAUUCUGACCAAGGGUCUUUGUUUGAGUUUCAAAGGUUGUUGCAAGACAACAAAGUCAAGGAUGCUUCCCCUCCUUCAAUUAACUCGAUAUAGAAUUAUUUUACGGGGAAGUGUUUUGCCGUGGUCCACCUCUACAUGGAGUUCUAGUUCUGCAUUUGGACUUUUAAGAGUUAAUAAAAACCAGAAGUUUCUAAGAUUGCUUACGGAGAUGGAUGGCUUUGAAUCGGACUUGAAUAUCAUUGUAGUUGCUGCUACUAAUAGACCAGAAGCUCUAGAUCCAGCACUAUGUCGGCCUGGACGCUUCUCCAGGAAAAUCUUAGUGGGGGAACCUGAUGAAGAUGGAAGGAGAAAGAUCCUGGCUGUACACUUAAGAGAAGUUCCCCUUGAGGAGGACCUGGAGCUUGUAUGUAGCCUGGUUGCAUCUCUUACCCAGGGCCUUGUAGGUGCUGACCUUGCCAACAUUGUCAAUGAAGCUGCUUUGCUUGCUGCUCGAAGAGGGGCUGAUUGUGUGUCAAGGGAAGAUAUAAUGGAAGCCAUAGAAAGAGCAAAAUUUGGGAUUAAUGAUAAGCAAUACACCCAAAGUGCAAUAGGCAAGGAACUGGAGAAACUGUUCCCUUGGGUUCCUUCUUUCAUUAGGAAGAACAGUACAAGAAGUGAUGCAAUACAAGGACCUCUGGGGUAUCAAGCACUCAGCUGAGAUAUUAACCCUCUUGUUUGUAUAAUGUUUUUUUUUCUCCACAUAUUGAAGAAUGUAAUGCAAUGGAAAAAAUGGUUGUUCAUUAUUCAUAUUGCCGACCUCAACUUGUUUGGGAUUGAGAUAUAGUAUCAAGAAUGUAACGCGGAAACUUAUACAUGAAUUUUUUUUGGCAACAAUUUGAACAAAGAUUUUUA